UCAAAGGCCUGGGGAGUGAGAAGGCAUUACAACAACAGUACUCACAGCUUAUCCUCCUGGGCAGCCACAUCAAUGACUCGUUGACAGCUUCUUUGGCCUUUAAAUCAGAUUAUACUGGGAUUUGGAUGGAGAAUCCACAUUGUGAAGACGUUUGAAAAUUGGUUAACCCAAUUGCAAGGUAGCAUGCUCAGGUAAUCUAUCUGGGUCCAUAGAUCGGACCUUCAGCCAUGAGAUACAUGAGAUACAGCAUCAAAAUACUUGUUGCUAUUUGUUUCCCAUCAAUGAAGUAUAUAAAGUGGGAAGAAAAAAGCAUCAGUUAAAAGGGAUAUAACCAUCUCCAGAUCCACUAGUGAGCAUCAAAAAAAAAAAGAAAGAAAAAGGAACCAGCUGGACAAUGAUGGCUGUAGGGACAAUUUUGUUUGUUUUGCUGUUUGCUCUGCUGAUUCUUUUCUUCCUGAGACAACUUUGGAUCCAAAGACAUUUGCCUCCCGGUCCUUUGGCUCUACUUCUCAUUGGGACCUUGUGGGCUUCCGGGAUUUGGCUUCAUGAAGAUUAUUUUCGUGAGCCUGCAAAACGAUAUGGAAAUAUAUACUCCUUGUGGUUUGGACAUUACCUUGCAGUAGUGCUGUCUGGAUUCAAAGCUGUAAAAGAAGGAAUGACCACCUUCCCACAGGAAGUCUCUGAUAGAUCAGAGGAUGCUUUCUUUACCGCUUUGGGGAAAAAAAGAGGUAUUAUUUUCUCCAAUGGCCAAAUCUGGAAACAGCACCGGUACAUUGCCUUCACUUCUCUGCGAAAGCUGGGCCUGGGAGACAAAAGCGUUGAGCAUCAGAUAGAAGGUACAGCUCAGACCCUGGUGGAGAGCUUUAGAGAAACAAAAGGACAGCCUUUUGACCCUUCAUUUCUAGCAAUAAAUGCAAUUUAUUUAUUUAUUGCAUUUAUUUUAUGUCAUAUGUGCUUUGAGUUUUGGGUAUCAGUUUGCUCCUGAAGAUGAAAAGUUCCAGAAGCUAAUUCAAGCGCUUGAAAUUAUUGCGAAAUUCACUGGUACCUUUUUUCAUAUGCUGUUUAUUGAUUUCCCACAAUUAAUGAAGUAUAUCCCGGGCCCUCACAAAGAUGCCUUGGCUUCUAUAGAGGUGAUCAAUUCCUUUGCAAAGCAGGAAGUAGAGAAACACAAGGAAUCCAGCUCUCUGCACAAGCCACAAGAUUUCAUUGAUCACUACUUUCUUCAGAUGGAAAAGAGCAAGAAUGACCCCAACUCUACCUACAAUGAAGAGAACCUGGUUCAGUGUAUUUGUGAUUUUUUUUUUGCUGGAACAAAGACAACCUUCACUCUUCUGAUGUGGGCACUGCUCCUCUUGACCCAUCAUCCCGACAUCCAAGAGAAAGUCCAGAAGGAGAUUGAAGAAGCCUUUAGUUCCUCGGCCUCAAUUUCCUAUCAGGAUCGGAAGAAGCUGCCCUACACCAAUGCCGUGAUUCAUGAAAUGCAGCGUUUAAAAAGUAUCUUUCUAGUUGGGGUUUCCAGACAAAGUACAAAAGAUGUGAAGUUGAGGGGUUACCUUAUUCCAAAGAGGACCAUGAUUUUCCCAGACCUGCGCUCUGUUCUUCUUGACCCUGAACAAUGGGAGACACCUGAAGAAUUCAACCCAAAUCACUUUUUAGAUAAGGAUGGGAAGUUCACUGAACGAGAAGCGUUUCUGCCCUUCGGAAUAGGUCAACGUGCAUGUGUGGGAGAGCAGCUGGUGAGAAUUGAGAUCUUCAUCUUUCUGACCAAUCUGUUGAGGGCCUUCAGCUUCCAGUUGCCUGAAGGAGUGAAAAAACUCAAUGAAGCCCCUAUUAUAAAUUUGACAAUGCAUCCACACCCUUUCAAACUGUGUGCUAUUUCCAGAAAGCCUUAAAAUUAAGCAGCAUAAAAAGCAUAAAAGUAUUACAGAGUAGCUAUUCAGUAUGAUGAAUGUUUCCUAUGUACCUAUUCACUUAAUAUUGUGUUUUGCUUCUAUAUACUCAAUACUGAAAGUUCUUCAAGCUAUUGCUGGGUUCACACAACAUACCUAACAAUAUCAACCAAUGAAAAAUGUGCUAACUAAGUUUAUCAUGCUUUAUCUUUGUUUCCUUUUGGGUGCCAAUAAAACAUAUUACUU